AUGUCAUUUAUCGAGGGUACUCCGGAGCGCUAUCAACCAAACAAAACCCUCCUCAUCCGCGAACACCGCCCGCCAGCACCAUUCGGAAUCAAUGGCAGUUACAGGGACAGCCCGCGACCCGUCGUCGACUGGGACAGCUUGCCUCGGUACAUCAGCCGCGUUGAGGUGGCUCUCGCCUACCCACCGAUGGAGAACGAGACCCAGCCUACCAGCUAUACCACUCCGGCUCAUGAGCGCACACUGACCAUCACGGGCUCCAAAACACGGCGCCACAAAGACGCUACUGGUCGUGACAGAGGCGGGGCCCACGUCCUCACAUGCUUUCUCGACGGGGAUCCGACCGUGGAAUACGUGGCCAAGAUCUACGAUGCUGCCGAUUAUCCGCUGUCCCUGCAGCCUAUCCCUGGCGUUGGCGGCGUCCUGGCCCCGGCUUACUUUGGAUCUUGGACCUUUGCACUUGAUGUCAACAGUCCGGAUGUAAAUCCCGAUGAAGACCCAGAACCAGACCACCCCAAGCUCGAACCCAGCCGACGCUGGGUACGAAUGAUUCUGCUGGAGCUGGUCGCUGGCGAAUGCCUCGUGGACAUGAUGGAGAAGGCCGAAGUGAGCAGCCCCACCCCGGAGAGGCGCUACGCCACCACCACCGACUAUUCUCAACUCCCCCCGGAAGACUUUCGCCUCCUAGUCAUGCGUAACAUUAUCGAGACCGACAUCACCAUCUGGUGGGAAGGACUUCUCACUCACAACGACAUCGAACCGCAUAAUAUUAUCGUCAGGCCCAAUGGCAAAGUCGUCAUCAUCGACUUCAACGUCGCCCAGCUGUUCAAUUUUACUUAUUAUGGCGACGAUCACCCCCGACAACUAGGACCGGAUGACCCAUACGCCCUGACCCAGCCGGAGUCGCCUAUUAUGCGGUACUGGCCCAUUCCAUUUGGUGGUGCGUACACCGGCUGGGAGUCAAGCAUGUGGAAACAUUGGGUACCGACGGCCUGGAUCGAGGACCCGAAUCGGUCGACGGAGUGGUUGGUGAAAACAUACCGGGGCGACACUAGGUUUGCGCCGCUCAGCCAGAGAUGGUUGAACACGUUUUCGCACUCACAACUUGAUCCGAGGGCGGUACGGUUGCUGGAGAGUUUGGGCCGGAAGCCAGCCGAGGAGGGGGAAUGA